AUGAUGCGAAUGAGUGUUAUCCAGAGAGUGCUCCUCGGCCUCUUUCUCGCCCCGGUAUCUGUGGCAUUGAUUUCCCCAGAGGGUCGCGAAUACUGCACAGGAGAUGGCUCCAUCUGCGAGGCGUUCAACAAGAUCGACAGAGAGUGCAGAGACAAAACUGGUGCUGCAUACACCAAGUGUACUUGCGAGACAGGAUGGGUACCUUUGAAGGAAGCCUGCUAUGAUUGCAGAAGAACGUUUGGCGAGUUCAUGUUCAGUCAACUGGAAAGAGACCAAUCGGUCUGCAAAGAAGAGGGUCUUGAUGUUGCGCCAAUCCCUUCAAGCAUCAUCUCCCAGCAGAAGCAGUACAACAAAACGGCCGAGGUCCCAUCCAUGCCAGCGUCAGACUCGGCAUCAAGCACGAUAUCGAUUGAUCGAAGUUAUACAACCAACAGCCACGAGGCCUAUACCACCACUGUGUACGGAGUUGUUGCGUCGGCCACGCUGCCAGAGCUUUCAGCUCCAACGGGGGAGGUAGUAGAGGAGGAUGAAGACAACUCGGCAGCGCGUCAAGUCGGUAGUGCCUCGGUAGUUGCUGUUUGCGCCCUUGCCUUGGCAAUGAUAAUACCGUGA